AUGCAGAUUGAAAAUUUGGACGAAUUCCAGAAAUGGCUUAUCAAUGAGCUGACUCCAAUGUAAGUUUAUUUUAUUUCAUUUUUUUUUAAAUAAAUAAAUAUUUUUUUAGAUGUGAUGCUGAACCAGGUGCAUUGGCGAAAUAUGUUUUAGCAUUGCUCAGAAAACCAGAUAAAACUGAUGCGGAGAUCAAAGAAUUCAGCAGAGAACAACUCGAUGUUUUUCUUGGUCAAAGCACUGCGAAAUUCGUUGACAAGUUAUUCAAUGCGCUCUCCUCGAAAUCGUAUAUUUCAUCACCGCAAGCAACAUCUUCUAGUGCUUUGAAUGACGAAAUUCCUCCAAUUAUCAAGGAAAAAUCGAAAAGUCCACCAAGAGAAGCGACUCCAGUGAAAACGAUUCGAAAACGAAUUAGUCCACCGCCUUCGGAUAAAAAUGAAGAUGAAUCUAGAGAAAAAGUUGGAAAUUCGGGUGAGAAACGAGUUGAAAGAAGAAGAUCGAGAUCGCCAAGAGAUCGUCGGAAUCGACAAACUUCGAAUCGAACUAAUAGAAAUUCUUCAGGAGAACGAGAUAGGCAUAGAUCUAGAAGAUCAAGGUUUGUUAUUUUUCUAUAGUGUUGGAUGAAAACUUACAUCGUUUUUGAAGGUUUUCAAAAAGCCUUUGAGAAAACAAGUAUUUUUACAAGACAUUCGCAAGAAAUUACAUUUUUUAAUGAAAUUAUCUUCGAUUAAAUCAAAAUUGUUCAUGAAAAAUGUCUCAAAAUUUUGGAAUUGUAAUGGGGUGAUUCAGGUCGAAAAAAAAUAAUACAAAAACAUUUUUUAACAAAAAAAUUCGAUUCAGCAAAUGUCAAAAAACUAUAUUUUUUUCCUAUUUUUUUCCACACAAAAAUGAAAAAUAUCUCGCAGCGAAAAUGUUGCAAUGUAAAAAAAUAGGAAAAAAAUAUAGUUUUUUGACAUUUGCUGAAUCGAAUUUUUUUGUUAAAAAAUGUUUUUUUAUUAUUUUUUUUUCGACCUGAAUCACCCCAUAAAAAAAAAUAACUUAUUUCAUUAUGGGGCCAAAACUUAACAUAAACUUGAAUUUGUUCAAGUUCAAUUAUUUGCAGAUCAAAAAGUACAUCUCGAAGUCCAAGUUAUCGUCGAAAUGAUCGAAGCCGUCGUCGUUGUAAAGAUUUUGAAGAACGUGGAUAUUGUAUGCGUGGAGAACAAUGUGUUUAUUAUCAUGGAACUGAUCCGGUUGUUGUUGAUGAAAAUGCACUUUGCACAAUGGUUCCAUCAAUUCCAGCUCCAACCGCUGCCAAUUUCUCGUUAGUUUUUAAAUUAAUUAAUCACUUCUCAUUCACACUAACGAGGGCAGCUCUAUUUUUGUGAAAAAAUGUCAAAAUUAAGAAGUGGGAAAACGUGACCUAUUUAUCUCAAAUCUCCCUUUUUCAAAUGAUUUUCCUCAAUCUUAGUAUUUUGAAAAUGAGCAGCUCUGUGACUAAUCCAUUGUUUUGUGAUUUCAGUUUGCCUCCUCCUGGCUAUAACCCAAUGAAUCCACCUCCACCCGGUGUUGCUAUUGUAAAUGGGGAAUAUAAUCCGGAGACUCCUGCUUUGACUGUCACUAACUACAGUGUUCCACCACCGCCGUUGGCAAAUGCAGCAGUUGCGACAACUACACCCAAUGCUGGUUCGUGGCAAAAUGUUCAAACACAAGGAUAUCAGCCACAGGUAAGUACAUUUCAUUUUAUGGGGACACUUUUUUCAAAACACGAUGAAAAAUGAGUUGAUUUUGAAUGUUCCGAUUUUUCUCGAUACCCUGAUUUUUAAGACAAUUCGGAAAAAGUUCCCUGUUUUCCUCCUCCCAGUGUUUACAAAUAAUUUUCAUUUUUCAGGCACCGGGAUAUGUUCAACAAGUUGUUCCUCAACAAUUCCAACAAUCGUAUCGUGGUUCAAAUUCUCGUGGACGUGGUGGAAUAAUUCGAGGAACUGGAAGAGGUGGAAUGAAUACAGCACGUGGUGGAUAUAAUAGUGGAAAAGAUAGUGCUACUCUUCAAGUUGCCAAAAUCCCACCAGAACUCAAUAAUAUUACCAAAUUGAAUGAGCAUUUUGCAACUUUUGGAAAUAUCGAAAAUAUUCAAGUUCGUUAUAAUAGUGACCCGGAAUCUGCUUUGAUCACUUAUUCAAGUAGACACGAAGCAACUAAUGCUUAUAAAUCUCCAGCACCUGUUUUGAAUAAUCGAUUCAUUAAAGUUUUUUGGCAUAAACCUGAAAAUGAAGAGAAUUCGACUAAUACGCAAGCAAAUAUCCCACCACCUGUCCCAGUUCAAAUUGUUGAACCGCAAAAAAUUGCGACGCAUAAGGAAAGAAAGUUUGUUAGUGAAGCAUCGAGAGAGCAUUUCAAACUAUUGGCAGAGGCGAAAGAAUUUUUAGCCACGGAAAAAGAUAAUUUGGCGAAAUUGGUAUCAUUCCAAGAUAAGCAAAAUGAACAUUUGGAAAGUUUGAUGACAAGGCAAAAGUUGUAUAUUACAAAAGCAAGAACAACAACUGAUGAAGAAGAGAAGAAGAAAGCGACAAAGUUUGUCAAAAUUGUUCAUAAAAAGAUAAAGACUGUGAAAGAUGAGAUCAAUAAUAUUCUGUUGCAAAUUUCGGAAAAAUCUGAAUCUGUUGAUAAAGCGUAUGCUCGUGUUGAAGAAUUGAAAAAACAAGCGCCGGGAAAAAAGGAAAAUGAUGAGAAUAAUCGGAAAAGAAAAGCGGAUGGUGAUUUGGAUGAUGAGGUUAACACGAAAUUAAGUAGUGUUAUUAUUGUCAAAAAUGUUAAGGUUUGUGUGAAAUCUGAAAAAAAGAAGAGGAGUUAAAAAUAUUACUGAAUUUUGUUUAAUAAUUAAAAUUUUUGAUCUGAACAUUUUCAAAAAAAAAUUCUCAAAAUUGUUUAGUUCUUUGAAAAAUCAGGAUUUUCUUCCGAAUGUUCAAUUUGUCGUACAAAUAGCUUCAAGAUUUGUUGAAUUUCCAAAAUUCUAUUUUUUUUUUCAUAUAAAAAAUGUAGUUUCAUUUUCAGGAAACCGAUGUCUCCGAUCUCAUGAAUCAUAUGGAAAAGUUUGGUGAAACAUUUGAUACAAGUGUAAAUGUUGAGAAUGGCAUUGCCACAGCUGUUUUUCCAUUCAAAAAUAGUUCAGAUGCUAGAAAGGUAGGAGUUUUCUUCACCAACCAAUUAAUUAUUCAUUUAAUUCAGGUUUUGAAUACGGGUAAGACUUUAAAUGGUGUUGUUCUCGAUAUGGAAUUGACAAAUGAACAAUUAGAUGAGAUUCCUUCGACGGAUGUUAAUUUAUCUGAAGAUCGAUUGAUUGCCAAUAUUGCCAAUGAUGUGAGUUUUUGAUUUAUUGUGUCGAAGAUUUUUUUUACAAUUUUAUUACUGGAAAAAUUGAGUUUUUCUUAUUGAAAUUUUGAAUUUACACAAUUUUUAGUAAAACUACAAGAAGAGAUGAUCACUUCUUCAAACAAAUAUUCUCUCGGAAAUAUUUUUGAACAUUUGAACUUUCGCACUAAACUUUUGUGUUAAAUUUAGACAUUUCAGACAAAAAACUCAGAAGUUCUGAGUUUUUCCAAACCUCAUAGAAUUCUGAAAUUCAAAUUUCGUAGUUUACAAUUUUUCAUCACAUUUUUUUACCAAAAAAUUACCUAGAACUUGUUGAUUUUUUUUUCAAAAAUUUAACACCAGCUUUGAUAUACUAUCCCGAUUCCACCUUGAAAAAAAAAAUGAAUUUUUCAGUCAGACGAUGAAGAAGAUUUAGUUAAUGCCUAG